AUGCUCGCACAAACGCUCCUCCUUCCGCUCCGCCGCACCUUCCUCUCCGCAGCCACGCCCGCCCGCCUUCCCACCAUCUCCCGCGCACUCCACACACCCGCCGCCCGACCAUGUCUCCAAUCAUCCCCGGCCAUGGCGAGCUUGUCAUCACGAUUCGCGGGACUCCGGAUACAGCAGCAGACGCGGGGCAUGAAGGUGCGGUCGUCGGUGAAGAAGCUGUGCGACGGGUGCAAGAGCGUGCGGAGGAAGAAGGGAAAGUAUGUGUACAUCAUUUGCAGCAAGAAUCCAAAGCAUAAGCAGAGGUACGUGCCAUCGCUUUCUUUCUGGGACUGGGAACUGGGGCUUGGGGGCAGCGCUGGGCCAGAGUGA